AUGGGAAGUUACUUCCAAGAAAAUGUGGCUGGGGCUGAGGUGUCAAGACGAGUUAAGCUUCCUGUAGUUAUCCUGAUUAAAUCAUUGCACGGUGCUGGGUUGCGCUUAUUCUACAUCACCAUUUCUUUGGCAAGACACACACACACACACACACACACACACACACACACAGAGUCAACCUUAGAGCACAGGAUUUCUAUAGCUCAGCAAACAUUGUGGUCCUGCUUUCAGGGAGAGAAGAACUUUUCUUCCAACCUCCCCCCAAAAAAGAGCUUCGUGUCUAAGCAAGUUGUAGCCCACCAUAUAUACGCUGUACAGGAAACUCGCAUCUCACACGAGGGCUGGGUUUCAGCGGUUGUAGGGUGA